CAGUGUUGGAGCUGUGUUGUUUCACAUCCCAAUAUUAAAAACUCGAUUAUUCCUUUUUUGCGGGAAAAAUGUAACCUUUCAUGAUUUAUAUGGGAAAAACUUGACCUGAAUAAUCUGUGCAUGCCAGUAAUUGGCGUGUUACUGAAGGAAUAGAGUGUUUAUUUGCCCAAAAUUAGGAGGAGAAAUUGUGCGAAAAAAAUCGCUCGGUCUCAAUCUUUGAGACGGACGGGCGGAAAAUAGCCGGAAAAUGUCAUCUCAGCUAGGAUGGUUGGUUGUUCUGAGUGUGAUUUUACUGAUGUCAUAUGCGGUGCUUGGCAAGAAUCACACGAUAUGUGAAUACUACGACCACAGGUACUGCGAGAAGGAGAACCAAUGUAACAUCACGGUGAAACCAUGCAACGACGAAAACGAGGUCGACCUCGACCGGCCGACCUACUGCUACGCCCUGUGGAAAAAUGUCUCGAACGUCUAUCAGCUCCAGAAGAAAGGAUGCUGGAUGAAUCAGCACGACUGUCAGAUGAAGACGGAUUGUGUCCAUAAAGGAGCUCAGGGGGCCACCAGCACGUUCUUCUGUUGCUGUGAGGGGAAUUAUUGUAAUUCUAAUUACACGUUCAUCCCGGUGCCUCCGACACCCAAACCAACUGGAGAAGACUUGCCCAUCAUCUACAGCAACGAUGGGCAGCUGUUUCGCGCAUUGAUGUACUCCCUUGUCCCCAUCAUGGGAUUCGCUCUCGUCAUUGGUAUCACAUUCUGGAUGUGGCGGCGCCACAAGCUCGCCUAUCAUCACGAGUCGAUACCAACCACGGAUCCUACCCCGCUACCGCCACCUACGCCGGUGACGGGUCUGCGCCCACUACAACUCCUUGAGAUCAAAGCUAGAGGCCGGUUUGGCGCCGUGUGGAAGGCACAGCUUCUGACGGAGCACGUGGCCGUGAAAAUUUUCCCGCUGCAGGAUAAAUUAUCGUGGAUGACUGAACAGGAUAUAUUCAACCAGCCGCAAAUGGACCAUGCGAACAUUUUACGGUUCAUCGCGACGGAGCGGAGAGGCGAUAAUCUGAAUAUGGAGCUGUGGUUGAUCACCCAGUUCCACGAGUAUGGCUCGGUGUAUGACUAUUUAAAGGGCAACUUGCUGUCGUGGAAUCAGCUCGUAAACAUGGCUGAGUCCAUGGCACGAGGACUUGCGUACCUGCACGAGGAUAUCCCAAGCGGGAAAAUCUCCCAACACAAGCCGGCGAUAGCGCAUCGGGACUUUAAGAGCAAAAAUGUGCUAGUGAAGGCUGAUCUGACUGCUUGUGUAGCAGAUUUCGGGCUGGCUCUCAAGUUUGACCCGUGUAAGGGUCCCGGAGACACACAUGGCCAGGUUGGAACCCGGCGGUACAUGGCACCAGAGGUGUUAGAGGGCGCCAUCAACUUCAACCGGGACGCGUUCCUGCGGAUAGACAUGUAUGCAUGUGGGUUGGUACUGUGGGAGAUGGCGUCAAGAUGUACAGUUGCUGAUGGGCCAAUACCCGAGUAUCGCCUUCCAUUCGAGGAGGAAGUUGGUCAGCAUCCGACGCUAGAGGACAUGCAGGAGGCAGUUGUACAAAAGAAGAUACGGCCGCGCAUGAAAGAGCAGUGGGCCUUACAUCCGGGUUUGGAGAGUUUUUGUGAUACGAUAGAGGAGUGUUGGGACCACGACGCGGAGGCGAGAUUAUCGGCUGGCUGCGUCGAGGAACGCUUAAACGCACUGCGUAAGACGACUAUGACCUUGGAACCUACCUCAGAGACACCUAUGGUCGUCGUUGUACCCAACCCAGGUUCGUCACCGAUUAAAGAAUCCAGUAUAUAAACUGAUCAACUGACUGUAAUAUGGUGGCGAUUAGGAAGACGGACGUCGAAUUUGUACAUAGGUCCGCUUCCUCAGUUAAUACGAGCGGUAUCUUAUGGCAGGGAUGUGACCAGAAGAUGAGCGGUGGUUCUCUUCUGGUCGAUGCAGGAACGAAAGUCUAUAAUGUGCUCCUUGGUGGCAAGCGUACAGUGUGUUCCAACGACGAUGAUGUUGCCGGGUUUUUGCACCGAAACGUGUGGCAGCCAUGUUGUCACUAAGAGUAAUACUCCGUGAUACACUGAUGCGCGUUGUGGUAUGACAUGUGGCAGUAAAUUACGUUUCCAUGGUGUUGGGGUGCAUACUACGUCAAGGAAGUAAUAUACUCUGGAGCCAAAGAUAAGUCAAACCAAAUAAAUCUGAAAGUUCCACGCUUGUGGCUGUUCUUUGCAGCACCGCUAAAGUCGGGAGAUGGCGGUGGGAAAACGCAUAAAUCUUGCUCUGUGUUGUUUUUAAAUGCGCUGUGUUGGUGCUCAAAAUAUGAAGAUUCCAUGCCGCGUGGCGUGGGGGUGAACGCUUUGAAGUAGCAGCGGUCGGGGGCGUCCCCAAACCUCAGGAGAAACACAAUAUGUACAGUUUAGGAGGCCCGAACUAUGACCCUGCUGCUGGUAUUGGCAGUAUGGAAUAUAAUUCAAUUCAUGUUAUCCUGUAGUUCGGCAAACUAUCGGGGAAUUGUAACGGAAUGGUGAACUAUUAAAGGCAUCUUACGGUGUCUUUAUAAGGUAGUCGUGUAUUUCACCUGAGCUAGGAUUAAGGUACUCCACCUAACACUACACCGAUGUGCGUGUCUUGGUCCUAGUUCAGGAUGGAACACCUUGAAAUGAACAAUCAUGCAGUGUUCUCGUCGGGCCUGUCUUUGCGAAGCAAGGAAUAUCAUUCAGUUAAACGCUUGUCUCAUGUCGGACCAGAAGAAAGAAAAAAACGAUGUUUCCUUUCUUUGCUCUGAUCAGGUCUGGUUGUGCUCGAAAGUCAGAGUAAACAAAAUGGCUGUGCGCUUGGGAGAAAUACAUGUUAAAAUUCUGACUCGACUUUGAAUUUUAAUGUGAUGCAAUCGCUGCUCGUUUUCGAGUUUGAUGAUCGAAUGGUUAUUUGUGAUGCCUUACUUGAAUAACGAGAUAUACCAACCACACUGUUAGUGCAGUACGAAAACAGCACGACAGGAUGGCAUACUCACAAUUGCGUGUAUACUCAGAUUUUUGGGUGUGGCUCGACCUGCUCAUGAUACUUUGAGGUCCUCCCUGAAGUAUUGGAUGCAUCGGUAGCAGUACCCUAUGGCUGUGCGGUUCGACACAAGGUCACUUAAGCAAACACAAAACAACAAAAACUGCCAAGCGAACCGCAUGGAUACGCAGCCAGUGUUCUUCACAACCUUUUAAAAAGGGGCGCCCCGCUUUACCCCUAGGGGGGUCUGAUUUCCGCCCCUCCCAUUAAAAUGAAAUUAAAAAAAUUCUGAAGUCCUUGAAAUCUUCAAAAUACGACCAUUUGACAAAAAUUUAAGAACAGUUUUCCCAGUAGGGGCCUACGUGCAAAAACAUGGUUAAAACAGAAAAAAUGUCUGAUUACCCCCCCCCCCCCUCUUAAAUCAAAGGCUGUGCAUGAAAAACACUGGCAGCCUUAGAGGUACAUGUACAUAUGCCCCAGCUUUUAUUCGUCGGGCAACAUAAAGUGAAGUACAUUUAUCAGUAGGCCUCGCAAAAGAUAUCUCUCCACUUUGCUGAUAUUCUGGAUGUGUUCUAAGAUGGCUUCAGCGUUGUCGUGAAUUCGGGAGAGACGUCUUUUGUUGGGGAGCUUGACAAUAUGGCGGAGAGUAGAAUAAUUUUCAAAUCUGUAUUUGACGAUAGUGUUCAUUGUUGACAAUGGGGUGGUCAUGUCUGUCAUUGAUAUUUAAGUUAACUCAAUUCGUGAGGUUUGAUAAGUUCUCCUAUUGAACCUAAUUCCUUUCAGGAGAAAGGUUCUUCAAAUCUGAACCUACUGAACAACCCACCCGAAUAUCACUUUGAAAGAGAUUGCUAGAUUGUUCAUGUUUUCAUUUCCAAGAGAUUGCCAUCACGAACCUUUUGUGCAAUGAAGUGUAAACCUGGCAGGAGCCUAGCAGGUUUGAAGUGAUUUUCUUAGUUGUGUGCAUAACCAAACUUUUCCAAAGUGGUCGUUUGGUGGGCAGUUCAGUUGUAUCAGCGCUCCAAAUUAGUCGACCUUUACCAGAAAAUCAUGACAAAACUACGCGUUUUAAAAAUCCGAAGCUGAUUUUGAAAACUCAGGGGUUGAAAAGAUAUAUUGUCCUUUUCUAGUUGACCGUAAUUCAAAAGGCAGGAAUAUUUUAGUGCACCUAUUGAAAUGCUAAGAACUUUCUAUAUCCCUGUCGUUUCACCCGUUGUGCUUGAUUUGUCAAUAUUGGUCUGUGGGUUUCUUUUCAAGUGGGACGGAAACUGGUUAAGGGUUUGCGAUUUUUCUAUCGGAGCUUUAAAAUAUGUACAAUACAGGAAACUGGUGACGUUGUUGUUGUUGUUGUUGACUGACGUCGGAGCACUUGGACAUCGUGGUUGAUGAAAGGCACAAUGAUCAUCCAGCAGUCUAUUGGUAAAUGAUAAAUAAUGUGUGAACAGUUCAGAGGUACCUCAAAAAGUCGAUUCGAAUUUAAAAGUGCCGGUUUGUACCUGGUAAUCCUUAACUUGACAUCUGUCUUCUCGCUUCGUAUUUACCUCACUACACUCGUGCCUAGGCCACUUCUAUUCUAGUUUGCAAAUAGGCGUUCUCGUUGUUUUCUACUGGCAAUGUUGUUUUCUAACGUCAAAAUUAUGUAUCGACAGUUACUGAACUCUUUUAGAUUCUUUUACAAACGAUUUUAAAAUUGUGCGCACCGUGGUCAGUAAUUUAGACGAAACCUGUUUAAUUUUAAAAGUACCGGCUGUAUAGAUGGAUAUCUGAUGACGUCACGGCAAAUUUGUAAACAUCAUGGUCGUGCACUCUCGUAUUUCUGUGACACGGUUUUCAUUGAGAAAAGUUACAACGAACCGUCCUCCUGCUGUUCUCGAUAACAUGAUGCUGAACUGAUGAUGUAGAGCUGCUACUAUGACAAAAUUUUAUCCAGGUUUUAUUCCAAAAUAUCCCACACGUCAUGAGAUGAAGAAAAACUCCUCGUAUCCAAUAACGAUCGUGCACCGUCGAUAUCUCACCAUCCUCUGUUGACCGUCACGUGUGCACGCACAAAAGGAGAAUUAUAAGUUUCGUUCUGACCUCAUUUCGUUGGCUGAGCGCAAAACUGUUGUAACUGACAAAUUUGAAAAAAAAUGAGUUAGCCCCAGAAAUCAAUGCAAAAACAUCAUAUCUACAAUAUUAUUGUGUUGAUUAGUGGUGCCUUCUAUCAUACGCCCCUAAACUACCAAUGUAAUACUAUUGUAUCUGCAGAUUACAGGAAAACAUGAGUGCAAAAACAUUGUAUCUGCAUUCAAAAUGGCUUCCUCAAAACAAAAGAGGCUGAUGACUGCUGAUGAUGUUCAAAUCUUUGAAGUCAUUUUCCUCAAAACCAAAGGAAGUGUAGAUACAACAGUUUUGCAAUCAGCCCACGAUUUUAAAACAAAGAUAUUCAUCUAUCGACUGGUUGUUCAUAAUCUGUUCUAUCUGUAUCAUAUUAACUUACAAAUUGCACUUUGUUGGCCAAGUGACUCAGAAUCUAAGUGAUCACAGUAUGAAAAAUCUGCUUCCAAGGAGAACAAUUGAAACUAUUUCUUGCAAAUCUUUUUAAAAAUCGUAUUCACUGACGUCUCUUCGUGAAACCUGCACUUCAGACUUUGAGUUUUCACAUGAAUGCAUUAUUAUCCAACUGCCGUAUUUUUAGUGUGCGAUCACCCAAAAUUAGGGAAUCAACUCUUCAUCAGAUUGUACUUUAACCCUUCAGCAGCAACGCAAUGUGGUUUUGAAAUUGCUGCACUGUAUUUAAAUCUCUUGCCUCGUGUUCCUGUUCUGUGAAAGCGACAUGGCUCGAAUCAAAGUCAUUAAAUAUUCGCACUUUGCUUAUUGGUUUUGUGUCACCCCUCAGGUGUUUUUUUCAACCUCGUCCAAACCGGAUACAAACAGUCAACCUCGGAAGCAGGGCACACAUUUCAGCGUACUUUAUAUUGCAAGAUACCCCAUACUGAGGUUUGUGAUUUGUUGUCCACGUGGACGAGGUUCCUUUCAGUAUUUGUCAAGUGUGAAAUUUCCUCAGGUUUGAGCGUUCGUUAUUCUCGUAUCCUUUGUAUUAGUCGAUUGCAGGGAAAGUAUGUGUUCGUGUUAAGUAGGUCGGUGAUUCGUGAACAGCAACAUGGCGAAGAGAAAUUUCAAACUGGUUUCCAGAAGUUGGCCCUAAAUGAUCUUUUUUUCAAAUGUACUUUCGACUCCUAAAAGUUAUUUUGGAAAUUUUGAUUGAAAAAUCUCUCGGAGGUUUGCGAAAAAAAUAUCCGGAAAAAUGUCGAUGAUGAGAAUGCAUUGUUGCACUACAUUUAAAGGGUUACGCUUUUCGUAUCAAAUUGUGGGUCAAGAAAAUCGGAAUGCAGUUAUUCGCAAUGCUGAAGUGCAGUUGUUGUGCAUGCAAUUUUGCUAAAACUUGGCACAUACAGUAUAUGUAUAUCUGUCAACACCACGACAAUGUUGACAUUUAUACCGAGUACGUAUUUACACAAUAUGAAAUUUUUGGCGUAGGCCUUUAAAAUAUCAAAAGAGAGUAAAAACUUUUGUUUGACACAUUUGCAUGUGUGCUGACGAUCACGUUGACCUUCUUUCCUGGAACAAAACUCUGAUGCAACCUUGUUCAUUUCCUAUGGCAUUCUUUUCUUUCCGACUUGGAAGGGUUGAGGGCUUGACUGGCAAAGAUGUGGCUCACCAGGUGGAGAAGAGGGGCACAACAUUUGCUGCUAAAUGUCUAGAAAAAGCUGUGUCAGAAAGAGCAUUUUCGAAGCUACUUUCCCCAUUCAUCACGUCAGUCAUCCUCCGCCUUUCCAAGUACGGAAUUUCUGAUCAACUGCUGCAAUUUUUACCGCCGAUAGUAAUACAAAAACUAGGCGCUGUUUGCGACUUUUUUGUACCGCGCAGUGAUUGAAUGUUUGUACUAUAUUUUUGGGAGACGAAUGGCAGCUGUUGGUUUCAAUGUGUAGCGUGGCUAGUGGCAGUGUGAAGCUGGCGGCUUCAGUGAGUAGCUGGCUGGCUGGCUUCAGUGGGUAGCUGGCUGGCUGGCUUUGAUGUGUAGCUGGCUUCGGUGUUUUGCUUACCUGGUUAGUGUCAGUGUCGUGUAAACCUACUUCAAAACCUCACGCUACUUGUUUGGAUUGUUAAUGUACAUAAACCCCAGUCAGCUGUGUUUAUAAAAAACACAUGGUCAGCUUUAAUGUUAAAGGCAAGGUUAACGUGGUCAGCCUUGGUGUUAAAGUUCAGGUUCAUAUGGUCGCCCUUGGUGUUAAAGGCCAGGUUAACAUGAUCAGCCUUGGUGUUAAGGGCCAGGUUAACGUGGUCAGCCAUGAUGUUGAAGGCUAGGUUCAUGUCACAGUCUUUCUUGGUGUUAAAGGCCAGGUUGACAUGGUCGGCCUUGGUGUUAAGGGCCAGGUUAACGUGGUUAGCCUUGGUGUUGAAGGCCAGGUUCAUGUCACAGUCAGCCUUGGUGUUAAAGGCAAGGUUAACGUGGUCAGCCUUGGUGUUAAGGGCCAGGUUAACGCGGUCAGCCUUGGUGUUAAAGGCCAGGUUGACAUGGUCGGCCUUGGUGUUAAGGGCCAGGUUAACGUGGUCAGCCUUGGUGUUAGGGGCCAGGUAAACGUGGUCAGCCUUGGUGUUAAGGGCCAGGUUCACGUGGUCAGCCUUGGUGUUGAAGGCCAGGUUCAUGUCACAGUCAGCCUUGGUGUUAAAGGCAAGGUUAACGUGGUCAGCCUUGGUGUUAAAGGCCAGGUUGACAUGGUCAGCCUUGGUGUUAAGGGCCAGGUUAGCAUGGUCAGCCUUGUUGUUGAAGGCCAGGUUCAUGUCACAGUCAGCCUUGGUGUUAAAGGCCAGGUUAACGUGGUCAGCCUUGGUGUUGAAGGCCAGGUUCAUGUCACAGUCAGCCUAGGUGUUAAAGGCAAGGUUGACAUGGUCGGCCUUGGUGUUAAGGGCCAGGUUAACAUGGUCAGCCUUGGUGUUGAAGGCCAGGUUCAUGUCACAGUCAGCCUUGGUGUUAAAAGCCAUGUUAACGUGGUCAGCCCAGUGUUAUAGGCCAGGUUAACGUGGUCGGCCUUGGUGUUAAAGUGUUAAAGGACAGGUUGAUUUACAAAAUUGUUAGUGGCUCAGUGUUAGUUAUCCCGGUCGUUCAAAACAAGUUCCACACAUCAUCUUAAUUUGGAUUAUUUCAUUUAGUUAAGUCCAUUAGUCCUUUAAACGCCUAAUUAAGUAAAAUCAUGUCAGUGGCCAACUUGUUUUCAACUACCGGACCCAGAGCUUGUAACUUAGUAUUGAAUCUCUGUAUGCUUGUACACCCUUCUCUUCUCCCCAACCAAGCAGUCUUGUAUUUUAAUUAGCAAUCCUACCAGACUGUAAAACACUUGUGUUUCUUUUCUUUGCAAAAAAUAUGUAUACAUUGUAUAAUGUGCAUCACGGCUUGAAGGUCAAUCAUGAGGAUGUUCUCUGGGACGCUUUGCUCCAUUGGGAUCAAAAUGAAUACAAUGGAACCUGCCUUUGCGGACACCUCUCUAUUAAGGACAAACUGUCUAUCAAGGACACUUGGCUCGGUCUCAAUUUUGUCGUUUCCACUCAAUUUGACCUCUCUAAUCAGGACACCUCUCUAUUGAGGACAGCACUUGUCAGUCCCAAGGGUGUCCUACUGUAUGUCAGGACACCCCAGAAAAAGCUUCAGAUUUGAGCUUGGAAGCGCUGGCAUUGUAUUACCUUAUCCGCAUCAUUUGGGGUAGCCAAUAAAAAGAGGUGUCCACUUUGGGAGGUUCCACCAUUCUCCCGAUCCGAGAUAUUUGGUCGAGCUUUUCUUAUCUUACUGGUGAUGAUAGUCUGUUCAUCAAGUCUAUGUACUGUGGCUGCAUCAAAGUCUUUAUAGUAGAAUUGGCAAAAUGUGCUGUGCGUUCUAUUAACCCCUUGUUAGCGCCAAAUUUGUAACCCCCAGUGACAUGGUACCGUCAAUAGAAUGACUUUGAACACUUGGUCACAGCGAUCUUCAUCGCAACAUUCAUCUCUGGAGGGUGUUUGAAAAAGGACUCUUUGUUUAUGAUGGUGAGUCUGACGGACUUCCUGGCCUUGUCGUCGGCGGUGAAUGGAGGAGACUUUACGACUGAUAUUCACCGCCGAUGAGUCGGCACGGUGAUGGCCUAGUUUAGGGAGCUUCCCUAUCGAUUUAGGACCCGGCACGAAAUCCACUAUGGCUGCCAGGCGGCCAUCUUUCUUUUCCACUCCAUUACUACAGGACCAGUUUAGUGACAGCCUGAAACAUGUACAUGGUACCCACAGAGUAGACCUCUCUAGAUCGGGAUUAGUUAGUUUCAUCCUAAUAUCAUAGAUGGCAACACUUUCGAAUAGUUUCGACCGUUCAGUUUUCAAAAGUUAGCUCUAAAAUUUAUGAUUUGUAUCGACUGACAGCACAUGGUGGCACUGGCUGAAAAAUGGCUGCUGCAGCGUAAGUGUUAAAGGGAGAAUAUGGGCAGCAGCUAGGCAGGCAAGAUAAAGUUACACGAAGUCGCCAAUAGGGGUCUCUCACAUCACAGUACCUCGAAAUGAUUCAUGCUUGUGCGAGGAAUAUAGUAGUGAUGAAUCUGACAUGACCUAGGGCCCUUACUGUGUUUAUUAGUCACCUGAAGAUGGCCAAAUGAGCCCCUCUGCUCCUGCCUAUAGUCCCCCUUUAAGAGUGAGCGUUCAAAGUCCCCACAUAUGUCGGUACCGUCACAUCUCUCUGUCGCUAGUUCAGGUUAACGAGACUCUUAUCCUUUUACGCUGUUUUACUGUUGAAUACAUGUAUAAUAUACUACAUGUUUUGUAUAGACGUGUAUUGUUAUAAAACAGUUGUUUCAGUUUCUAGUUGCAAACUUGAUAACCAGGGAUUGCUAGGUUCUUUUAUACUUCUAUCUUAUUUCUUAUAUACUACUGUACAGGUGUUUCUGGUUUAGGUCGAAGGCUAGCAUUUGCUGCAGAGUAUUCUGUGGACUUGUGAACUGAAGGGAGACACUCCCGACCUGUAGCUCAGGCUUUCGGCCUGCGGUCAAGUGGUACCCAGAGUCCUUCCUGCUUCGUGUCAGUGAUGCGCAACGUACAAAAGAGUUGUGUGUCAGCGACGCGCUUAUCUCUCUGUGUUUCACGUAAAUUACGCACGUUCUACCCUGGACUUUCGCGCUGGGUAGCGCGUCAUUGUCACCACUGACACGCCAAUGACGCGAAUUUAGGUCAAUUGUGAUUUGGACUGUAGUCAAGCCUGCAUUCUCGGUUUUCUGAUCUUUCAAGACAAGUAACGAGAAUGUCAACUGAGGCUGGAGCCUUUUGGCCCUUGUCUAAAAUUUCACAACUUUGGUAUUAUAUUGUGUGGCGAAUGUUAGCUUUCGAUGCAUUACCUUACUAAUGAUGGUGCACACACAUACAUGUAUUGCGCCCUGGUGGUACUAAACAAUGAUUCAUGUUUUAAAUGGCUAUGUUUUACACAACUCUGUCACCUCAACCGGGGAACAGUUUUAUAAAAAUGAGUUUACUAUUCAACUGGGCUACCUCUGUCUCUGGGCGCAUUGUAAUUCGAAAACAUUGUUGUGGGCAUUUUAAUUUUGCGGUCUGCACUGAGCCUGCAAUAUAACAGACACAAAAUGUUUUUUCAUUAACAGUUUUUGCAUUGUGAGUCGGUGUCUAGAGCCAUUAAAAGGUGUGUUUGAGAUAAAAAAAUAUGUUCAAAAUUCGUUAAAAAAACUGGUGUUUGUUUCGCCACUAAGCUCACUCUGUUGGAUAUCAAUUUUGUAAAUUUGUGUGAGGCUAACAAAGUUUUGUGAUAGUGGUGUUGUUAAAGGGAUAGCUGCCUCCUGUGACAGCAUGUCAAUGCUACACACUACGCCACCAUGAAGCAUGUGAAAUUGGGAAGUGCAAGUUUCUGGGCCAAUCUCAUCUUUUUUAAGUCGAGUGAAAAAACUGUUAACUACCUGCUUACACUUUCAGUGCCUAUAAAACAUUGUGCCCUUAUAGUCAGCUGAGAAAACAUGCAAGUCAGAACAUGAAAAAAAACCUGUUGAUGUACGUCUAAAAAAUAUAGGUUUGUUUUGCAUCCAGAAAAAUUUUAGUUGAAAGAAUCGUUUGGAUUAUGUGGCCUAAAAUCUGAGGUAACUAAAGAGUUAAAAAAAUAACGAGUGUAGAGCUGAGCGUCAGCAUUAUUAACUCUAUAAACGAUAGUGGGCAAUUGUAAUGUGAGUAGGAGGAAACCGGAGACUCCGGAGGAAAUCUACGCUGUUGAACAGAGUUGCCCUCUCUGUCACAUGAGUGUACCAGGACCGACUAAACCUGUGACGUCAGAGGUGACGAGCCCUGUUGUUUUCACUUCGCCACUCCGGCUGCCCAGUUACAUGAGGGAGGUGUCCCUUUAUAACCAGGUGUAUUUCUUAGUAUUCUCGGCAGUUAAUUAGCGGCAGUAUUCUUCUGGCCCGUCACUCUACCUUCUUAUGAGCACUGAGCUUAAGGAUAGUAUUACUUAGAUUUACCCGAUUCUCCGCAAGUUUCAUGUAAAAGAACACCAAUACACUGCUUAAUUACGUAAGCACUGCUUAUAGCACUGCCAUCAACCAAGUGGGCAUUUAUAAAUAAAAGGUCUGAUCAGAUGGACAGUGCUGCGUAAAUCAUAUUUGCAGGUAUUGGCAAGUAGAAUACUGCAUCUAAUUUACUGCUGGUUUUCGGUACUUCUGACCAGGCAGCUCGUCGUAUUUCUUCUCAAUCCAUCCUAUUUUGUCUUAUGAAAAGUUAUCAUGUUUUCGGAGUGCUGGUCAUUCGUUCGUCAUUGCACCGGGCGGGGACUUUUUACUGUCUUAUUAAAGGGACAACUUGGGCAUGGGAUUUACCUGACCAGCAUGAUUAUACCCCUCAGCGCCGCCACCAAGCACCGUCACUGGUGGUAUCAAACUAAUGCUGACCUCUAAAAAGGAUUUCUCGCCAGUGUUUCAAGGCGGUUUUGAAUAUGGCAUGAAUUUCAGGCAGGGUCUGUGGCUAAUACGCCCUUCUAGUGCAUUGUUUAUUGCAUUUCAAUGAUAUUGUUUAGGGAGAAAUCGCGGCCCUGCUGGAAGCCAUUUUUGUAUGAGAAAACCAACAUAUAUCGUGCCCAAGUUGUCCCUUUAAACACGUGUACAUUUUAGUAACAUAUCUAGUUUGUAAUAUUAUUGUGACAUGAAAAAAUCAUGUUGUCUGCCACUGAAAACUCGCCUCUAAGCUAUAGGCUGAAAUUAAUCAGAUAUAAGUUUCUCGCUCUGGCCAACCUCUAAAGACUUAAACCUGACUACCUCCAAAUACAUUGUAGGGGCAUUUUCAGGAAGGGCGAUUUUAUUUAUUGAAUGAAGCAACUUUACAUUGGAUCACAGCCGUUUAUCUGCGACAUCUUUACUUUAGAGAGUGCACCUACAGGUAAAAGUGAAGAAAUUUGUAAAUUGCUGUAAUAUUCACCACGUUAGCCAUUCUUUCAUUUUAGAUACUAGCAUUAUACCCGUGGUGCAGGCAGGUUCAAAUGGGUUAUUCCUUGAAUUGCAUGGGCGGAAAGAUUGAAUUGCAAUGAAAAUCUCAUGCAAUAUCGAAGGGACCAUAUUAAAGAGACAAAUUAAACAAUUGUCCACAGACCUGAUAAUGAAAUGAUAGUCAGCGAAUUUUUCCCACUUUGUCAGAGGCCAGUGUAUGUUGAAAUUACACAGACCUGUAUAAUGUUGAUACACCAAUGUAAAGAACCAGUUGAUAUGAAAGGAAGAGUUGCAAUGAACUACUGUGUCAACACCGAUGUUAAGGCCUGAUCAUAGGUACUGACAUUUUGGCGAGAACUUCAAAUUCUAAAGCAAUUAGAACUUCUUCAAAAUGAAGUGAAUGCCAAUUUGAAACCUGGGAGGUUGUUCUCUUGAUAACAAAGAACAGACUCUUAUCCUUGAAAUUGGCAUUCAUUUCGUUUUAAAGGAUCUCUAAUUGCUUGUUUCAAGAUCUAGCUAAAAUCGUGGUGCCAGUGGUCAAAGGAGAAACUAUUGUGCCGAUACCAGUGAUGAUUACAGAUUUCAUGAGAAAAGAGCACUGCAGGUAUACAUGUACAUGAAAAUUAUUUAGGAACAAUACAUGUAGUAGGGCCUACGAAAGUAUUUGUUGAGCUUUAUUAAGUUCAUGAGAAGAGGGCAAUGCAGAUGUAUAUUGUACAUCAAAAGUGUGUUUGAUGCACUUGCACACAAUCCUCUUCCUUUCAUCCAACUUUGUCAACACUGGUUGUCAGACCAGGGCCCGGUUGCUCAAAGUCUAGUUGAUAAUUUCUCGACCGCUUAUCGUUUAAGUGACCACUUCGAAACUAAACGAAGUUCAUGGGUCUGCUAACUUGGUGGCUUAAAGCCAGCUUAUUCUAACGGAACUCAGCGCUAGGAUAACUCUAGUUUAGUAAAGCGGGCGCCAAACCACCGUUAGCAGAUAGCGGAGCUUUGAGCAACCCGUCCCGAAACAUUUUUGUUCUCUCUAACAGAAGUUAUGGUUAAAUUUGAGAUGCUGUAAUAGUUACCAGGUCCUGCUUCCUGGAGCUGGUGUUAGUGCCGUAUUAUGUGGGGUUAAGCAGCAACAGGAUUAUUGAAUUCGUGUAAAGUUGAUUACAUUAAAGGGACAACUUGGGCGUGAGAUUAACCGAGCCAGGAAGAUGAUAUCCUUGCUCGACACCAUGCGCCGCCACCACCACUCUGAUGCCGAUCUCUGAUCGUGAUUUCCACCAGUGAUGUGAGGCAGCAACUUUUUCGACGUGGUUUGCGAAUUUCAGGCAGGCCUAAGCUUACCCUGUUCUGGUGCAUUGUUUAUUGCAAUGCAGUGAUCCGGUUUGGAGAAGUUGCGGUCCUGCUGGAAACCGUUUUUGUGUGGAAAACCAACAUAUCUUAUAUCCAAGUUGGCCCUUUAACAUGCAUGCUGGAGGAAGCGUACUCCUUUUGUUGUCUCGACAUCUGUAUAGUCACUUCUGUAAUGUAUAGAAUAUGUUUAUUUAACAUAUUGUGAACAUUAAACAUAGCAUUUCCUAUAUAUACUUAAA